AUGACUCGCUACAGCUGCAAGAGGUGCGGCUAUCAUCUCUGUGAGUCUUGCUGCUCCACACGGUCUGUAGAGAUGCUUGACGAGGAGAUUACGCUGUCCAUCUAUAGACCUUCACAGGAUCUGAUUCCAGGAUUGCAACUUCAAGAGGAGGAUGUGCUGCAGGUCCGGCUCAAGGCCGGAUCCACUGUCCGCGCCCUCAAGGAGAAGUUGUGCGAUCUGUACGGCAUGCCAGUUGCCAUGCAGGCAAUAAAGCGCGACAUAGAUGCUGCAGCAGUGCAGAAUGAGGAUCCGGUUGCCUGUGAAGAUGGAGACGUUCUUUAUCUAGGCAACCCUUUCGAGUCUGCCUUCUCUGCAAGGGGGGAAGAUCACCUCGGGCUUCUGAUCUCUGAGGCUGUGACGGGCCUGUUGGCCGAUGCAGAGAGUCGCGCGCAGGAGCAGGGCAUGAAGGAGAUCACGCUGAACGUCGUAAUGCCAUGCCUGGAGAAGGCGAAGGCGGCAAAGGCAAUACCCGAGCAGAGAUGUCAAGUCGUUGUCGUGGUGUCUGCAAGAAUGGCAGAAAUCAAGGAGAUGGCUGUUGUGGAACUCGACGCCGAGCAGGACGAACUACAGCUCGAAUUUGCUGGCCAAACAGUUCCGGCCGGAGCCACGGUUCAGAUGAUGAACCUCGCCGACGGAGAUACCCUACGUCUGGUUCCUGCAUGA